AUGGCGCAGGCACAGCAUGUCGCCUUGGAGCGACUGGAGCAAAUCUCCCGCGGUCUUCGAUCAAGAACAAGCGACGAUUUGCGAAAACGAUCCGCCGUACAGCUUCGCGAGCUUGUAGCUGUUUGUCAUCGAGACCUUAGCCCUGAACAAUUUCAGGCUUUCUACAACUCAGUCAACAACAAGAUUACACAGCUCAUUACACAUGGGAGCGACUCGUCCGAGCGACUCGGAGGCAUCUACGCCCUUGAUGCGCUCAUUGAUUUUGAAGGCGUCGACGUCGGUGUCAAAUACACGCGUUUCACACAGAAUCUUAAGACGAUCCUUCGAGGCAAGGACAUCAACCCUAUGCAACCAGCUGCGAUCGCGCUUGGAAAACUAUGUCGACCUGGUGGAUCAAUGAUCUCGGAAGUGGUGGACUCGGAGGUCAACACAGCUCUCGAAUGGCUACAGAAUGACCGCGUGGAGGAGCGACGAUACAGCGCAGUCCUCGUCCUGCGCGAAUUGGCCCGAAGCGCCCCGACACUGAUGUAUCAAUACAUCCCGACAAUCUUCGACUGGAUCUGGAUAGGACUUCGAGACACCCGGCAGCUUAUUCGGGCAACGUCGGCGGAAACAGUUAGCGCCUGCUUCCGAAUCCUUCGCGAACGAGACCAGGAGAUGAAGCAACUCUGGAGGAGUAAGAUUUACAACGAGUCGAAAGCAGGUCUCAAGGUCAACACGGUCGAAUCGAUUCAUGGUUCGUUGCUGGUUCUCAAGGAACUGCUCGAGCAGGGAGCUAUGUACAUGCAGGAACAUUAUCAAGAAGCAUGUGAAAUUGUCUUUAAGCACAAAGAUCACAGAGAUCCCACUAUUCGAAAGACUGUGGUUCUUCUGAUCCCAGAUCUUGCCAGCUACUCACCAGCUGACUUUGCGCAUACUUGGCUACACAAAUUCAUGGUAUAUCUAUCGGGCAUGUUGAAGAAAGACAAGGAGCGAAAUGAUGCCUUCCUUGCAAUUGGUAACAUUGCCAAUUCGGUCAAGAGCGCCAUUGCUCCGUACCUCGAUGGUGUCUUGAUCUAUGUGCGAGAAGGUCUCAGCGUUCAAUCUCGCAAGAGUGGUUCAGCCGACCCGGUAUUUGACUGUAUCAGUCGUCUUGCUGUAGCUGUCGGCCAGACACUGAGCAAAUACAUGGAGGCACUUCUGGAUCCCAUCUUUGCGUGCGACCUCACCCCCAAGCUCACACAAGCCCUUGUCGACAUGGGUUUCUAUAUCCCUCCAGUCAAACCGACAAUCCAGGAGAGACUACUUGAUAUGCUCAGCAUGGUACUCUGCGGCGAACCCUUCAAGCCCCUUGGUGCCCCGCAGCCAAACACCCUCAACUCAGUUCCUAUUAUUCCCAAAGACGCAAAAGAUCCCCAUGCUUAUGAGCAUAGAAAGGCUGAGGUUAAGUUGGCGCUCAACACUCUUGGUAGCUUCGAUUUCUCAGGACAUGUCUUGAACGAGUUUGUCCGCGAUGUCGCAAUCAAGUAUGUUGAAGAUGAGGACCCAGAGAUUCGUGAGGCAGCGGCUUUAACAUGUUGCCAAUUAUACAUUCGCGAUCCGAUUGUCAACCAGACCAGUUACCAUGCGCUUCAAGUUGUGGGUGAUGUGAUAGAGAAACUUCUCACGGUCGGAGUCUCAGAUCCUGAACCGAAUAUCAGGCGGACAGUUCUGGCGGCUCUCGACGAACGAUUUGACAGACACUUGGCCAAGGCUGAGAGCAUUCGCAUCCUCUUCUUUGCGCUCAACGAUGAAGUUUUCUCCAUUCGAGAAGUGGCCAUCUCCAUUAUCGGCCGCUUGGCUAGGUACAAUCCAGCAUAUGUCAUUCCUUCACUACGAAAGACUCUCAUUCAGAUGCUUACGGAGCUCGAACUUUCCGAUGUCGCCCGCAACAAGGAGGAGAGCGCAAAGCUAUUGAGCCUUCUGGUACAGAAUGCGCAAUCACUUAUCAAGCCAUACAUUGAGCCCAUGAUCUCAGUCCUUCUCCCGAAAGCAAAGGACAACAACCCUUCGGUUGCCGCCACGAUUCUCAAGGCCAUUGGCGAGCUUGCUACCGUGGGUGGCGAGGAUAUGAUGCCUUACAAGAACAAAUUGAUGCCAAUCAUUCUUGAUGCGUUACAGGACCAGAGCUCCAACGUAAAAAGAGAGGCUGCUCUGCAUGCUUUGGGACAACUCGCAAGUAAUUCAGGAUACGUUAUCCAACCAUACAUCGAAUAUCCUCAACUGCUCGAAAUUUUACAGAGUAUCAUCAGAACCGAAGGACAACGCGUGCCCUUGCGACAGGAGACCAUCAAGCUGAUGGGUAUCCUGGGUGCACUCGACCCUUACAAACACCAGGUAAAUCUUUCGAAAUGGCGCAAAUUGCUCCAGCUAUUAACACCAACUCAGGCCGAAGAACGAACUCCCGAUUCCCGACGAGGCGAGGCCAACCAAUUGACCGACAUUUCUCUCAUGAUGACCGGACUGACACCCUCUAACAAAGAGUACUUCCCGACUGUUGUGAUUAAUGCUCUUCUCCAGAUCUUGAAGGACUCUUCAUUGGUUCAGCACCACUCGGCUGUGAUUGAAGCUAUUAUGAACAUCUUCCGCACCCUGGGCUUGGAGUGUGUUUCGUUCCUUGAUAGAAUCAUACCGGCAUUCCUCCGGGUGAUACGAUCGGCCACUUCCACGAGACUCGAGUCUUACUUUAACCAACUGGCCACUCUCGUCAGCAUCGUGCGGCAACAUAUAAGAAAUUAUCUUCCAUCAAUUGUCGAGAUUCUGCAGGGGUACUGGCACACCUCGCCAUCACUACAGACCACCAUCUUGUCGCUUGUAGAGGCCAUUUCGAGGUCGCUUGAGGGUGAAUUCAAAAUUUACCUCGCUGGUUUGCUACCCUUGUUGCUUGGUGUCCUCGACAAGGAUACUUCCGCCAAGCGAACACCGUCGGAGAGGGUGAUGCACGCUUUUUUGGUGUUUGGUGCCAGUGCCGAGGAGUACAUGCAUCUCAUCAUCCCCGUCAUUGUCAGGACGUUCGAAAAGCAGGGCCAACCUACAUUCAUCAGGAAGCAGGCUAUCGAUACAAUCGGUAAGAUUUCUCGCCAGGUGAAUCUUAAUGACUUGGCUGCGAAAAUCAUUCACCCUCUUACGCGUGUUUUGGACAUGGGCGAACCUCCACUCCGUACUGCUGCUCUAGAUACGCUCUGUGCGCUCAUCCAACAGCUGGGCAAAGACUAUCUACACUUUAUGGGGACUGUCAACAAGGUCAUCAAUCAGCACCAGAUUCAGCACUCCAACUACGAGCUGCUUGUGAGCAAGCUUCAGAAGGGGGAGGUUCUGCCACAAGAUUUGAGCUCUGGUGCUGGCUUUGCCGAUGGCGCAGACGAGCCUCCUUUUGCGGAUCAAGGCACGAAGAAGUUGGAGAUGAAUGCUAUCCAUUUGAAGGCUGCCUGGGAUACCAAAGGCAAAUCCACAAAGGAGGAUUGGCAAGAGUGGCUACGACGGUUCAGUACAACACUGCUUACCGAAUCACCGAACCACGCACUUCGAGCUUGCGCCAGCCUCGCCAGUGUGUAUUUACCUCUGGCUCGUGAGCUCUUCAACUCAGCGUUCGUGUCUUGCUGGAGCGAGCUUUAUGAACAAUUCCAGGACGAGUUCAUCCAGAACAUUGAGAGCGCUAUAAAAUCUGAGAGCAUCCCGCCCGAUCUGCUUGGCCUCCUACUCAACCUCGCCGAGUUUAUGGAGCAUGACGACAAGUCUUUACCGCUCGAUAUUCGAGUUCUCGGCAGGGAGGCAGCUUGCUGUCACGCGUAUGCAAAGGCCUUGCACUACAAGGAACUCGAGUUCCUUCAAGACCAGAGCAGCGGUGCAGUCGAAGCCCUGAUCGUUAUCAACAAUCAGCUACAACAGUCCGAUGCUGCCAUUGGUAUUCUCCGCAAAGCUCAGUUAUAUAAGGAAGGCAUCCAGCUGCGAGAAACCUGGUUUGAGAAGCUGGAGCGUUGGGAAGAGGCACUUGCGUUUUAUAAUAAGCGUGAGGAGGAGGUGCCUGAGGAUCAAGCUAUACCCGUUGAUAUUGUCAUGGGUAAGAUGCGAUGUUUGCAUGCUUUGGGAGAGUGGGAGGCUUUGGCUUCUUUGACCGGUAGUACUUGGGCCAACUCUACGCCUGAGGUUCAGAGAAUGAUUGCACCGCUUGCGACAGCCGCUGCGUGGGGUCUGAACAAGUGGGAUUCCAUGGACAACUAUCUCUCAUCGCUCAAGAGAUACUCACCUGAUCGAUCAUUCUUUGGUGCGAUUUUGGCACUCCAUCGCAACCAGUUCCGCGAGGCGAUUGCCUGCGUUCAGCAAGCUCGCGAAGGCCUAGAUACCGAGUUAAGUGCAUUGGUUAGUGAGUCGUACAACCGAGCAUACCAGGUCGUCGUUCGGGUGCAAAUGCUUGCUGAACUUGAAGAGCUCAUCGUCUACAAGCAAUGUGACGAGAAGAAGCAGGCCAUCAUGAGACGCACCUGGGAGACACGACUGAAAGGUUGUCAGAGGAACGUCGAGAUUUGGCAGCGAAUGCUCAGGUUACGUGCCAUUGUGAUCGCGCCGACCCAGAAUAUGCACAUGUGGAUCAAGUUUGCAAACCUUUGCCGCAAGUCUGGACGAAUGGGACUGGCUGAGAAGUCACUCAAGCAACUUAUUGGAACUGACGCUCCUUUGGUAUCCACGAUUCCCUACUGGAGUGAACAGCGACAGCCAGGACCUGGUCCAAGGAACGCACCAGCUGCACAGGUCAUCUACGCUGUGCUCAAGUACCAGUGGGAACUCGGGCAGCAGUUGCCUGCUAACAAGAAGGCCAACAUUCCCGAGAAGACACUGUAUUGUCUGCGCAAGUUCACUAAUGAUGCUGCUCAUCGUUUGGAGGUUGCUAAGGCUCACCUGAAUGCACAAGCUGGUGGUGAGGUCAACAUCACUGGCGACUAUAGGUUCCAGAACCAGAUAGACCCUACUCUCAUGAGCCCACAGACUCAGCGAGCACUGUAUGAUCAGACGGUCCUGUUGGCCAAAUGCUACUUGCGACAGGGAGAAUGGCUAAUUGCGCUCGACAAGGAUGGUUGGCAAUAUACUCAGGUUCAAGAUAUUCUCACAUCGUAUUCUCAGGCGACCAAGUACAAUCCUCGCUGGUACAAAGCCUGGCACGCUUGGGCGUUGGCCAACUUUGAGAUCGUUCAGACUCUCACAGCUGGAAACGAAGGACACUUGCCAAGGACGGAUCACAACAUGGUGAUUGACCACGUUGUUCCGGCUGUCAAGGGCUUCUUCAAAUCUAUCGCACUCUCACAGGGAAGUUCGCUGCAGGAUACUCUCCGACUGCUCACACUCUGGUUUACGUAUGGUGGAAGCGCAGAUGUCAACACAGCUGUUACAGAAGGCUUUGCUAAUGUCAGCGUCGACACCUGGCUCGAAGUGAUUCCUCAACUGAUCGCACGAAUCAACCAGCCUAACAAGCGAGUUCAGCAGUCAGUGCAUAACCUUCUUGCCGAUGUUGGACGAGCUCAUCCGCAGGCUUUGGUUUAUCCCCUCACUGUCGCCAUGAAAUCUUGGCAGAACACACGCCGAUCCCGCUCUGCAGCUCAAAUUAUGGAUAGUAUGCGGCAGCAUAGCGCAAACCUGGUCGCCCAAGCUGACACGGUCAGUCAUGAACUGAUUCGUGUAGCUGUCUUGUGGCAUGAACUCUGGCAUGAGGGACUGGAAGAGGCUUCGCGUUUGUACUUUGGUGAUCACAAUAUUGAGGGUAUGUUUGCAACACUCGAGCCUUUGCAUGAGCUUCUUGAGCGCGGUCCCGAGACUCUUCGUGAGAUCUCUUUCGCACAAGCGUUCGGCCGAGGCCUCAAGGAGGCGCAAGAUUGGUGUCGACAGUACGAGACAAGUCAAGACGUCAACGAUCUGAAUCAGGCGUGGGAUCUGUAUUAUCAGGUAUUCCGCAAAAUAAGUAGGCAGCUACCUCAGGUGACCACCCUGGAGUUGACGUACUGCUCGCCCAAGCUCCUCAACGCCAAGAACUUGAACCUGGCAGUUCCCGGAACAUACAAGAGCGGACAGCCCAUCGUAAGGAUAAUGUCCUUCGAUACGACGUCUAGUGUUAUCAACUCUAAGCAGCGCCCACGAAAGCUCAACAUCAACGGUAGUGACGGAAAGUCGUACGCUUUCUUGCUAAAGGGCCAUGAGGAUAUUCGCCAGGACGAACGAGUUAUGCAGCUGUUCGGCCUAUGCAAUACCCUUCUGGCUUACGACUCUGAAUGCUUCAAGCGCCAUCUCAACAUUCAGCGCUACCCUGCCAUCCCUCUGUCGCAGAAUAGCGGUCUGCUCGGGUGGUUUCCCAACAGCGACACUCUUCACGUUCUUAUUAGGGAGUAUCGUGAGAGCCGCAAGAUUCUGCUCAAUAUUGAACAUCGCAUCAUGCUUCAGAUGGCGCCUGACUACGAUAACCUGACCUUGAUGCAGAAAGUCGAGGUGUUUGGUUAUGCACUGGAUAACACCACCGGACAAGACUUGUACCGUGUUCUCUGGCUCAAGUCAAAGUCUUCUGAGGCUUGGCUUGAGAGACGAACGAACUACACUCGCUCUCUGGGUGUCAUGUCCAUGGUGGGAUAUAUUCUGGGUCUGGGUGAUCGUCAUCCUUCCAACUUGAAGCUUGAUCGUGUCACUGGAAAGAUCCUUCAUGUCGAUUUCGGUGAUUGUUUCGAGGUGGCGAUGAAGAGAGAAAAGUACCCCGAGAGGGUUCCUUUCCGUCUCACUCGCAUGUUGACCUAUGCUAUGGGGGUCAGCAAUAUUGAGGGUAGCUUCAGAAUUACAUGCGAGAACGUAAUGAGAGUUCUACGCGACAACAAAGAAAGCGUCAUGGCUGUUCUCGAAGCGUUCAUUCAUGAUCCCCUCCUUACAUGGCGCUUAACGAAUGCCGCAUCCCCAACAGGCCCCAACUUCCGCUCCGACAGAGACGUAGCAAUGCCUGUCCCCGGCGGUGUCUGCGCCCGCCGUGCCUCCAUUCUCGACAGCGACGUAGCACCCUCCGAACUCCUCAAUGCCCCCGAAGCAUCAAUCCAGACACGCGCACGCGCUCGCACAAACAGUUCAGCAGGCGAAGCCAUGACAAACGGCGGUGCACCCGAAGUAGAAAUUCAGAACGCGCGAGCUGUGGAGGUGCUGGAUCGUGUGCAGCAGAAGCUCACGGGUCGUGAUUUUAAGAAUAACGAGGAGUUGGAUGUCAUCGCGCAGGUUAACAAGUUGAUCAUGGAGGCUACUAAGCUGGAGAAUCUGUGUCAGCACUAUAUAGGAUGGUGCAGCUUCUGGUAGAUUCGCAGAAGAAAGAUGUUGCUAGCCGGAGCCUUUUUAUGUAUGUAUUUGCUUCAAGUUUGCGGGAGUUGGGGGUGGGAAAUGCGAUAUCAGGAAGUUUUCCGUUGUAUGUUUGUCCAUGUAGUGUACGAGUAUAAAGCCUAGAUGAAUCUUGUUGUAUUCUAUCUCAAUCAACAUUGUUCCAAUU